CGUUGUCAACUGAACUUUUAUCUUCCCGUGCAUGGAAGUUCGUUGAUACAUAUCAACGUUUCCGUCGACAGUGGCAUAAUUUGUCGCGUAUCUCUUUGAGCGAAGUGCGAGGUACUGGUGCACCAUGUCUCUUCUGUUUACUAGUGAUUAGCCACUUGGCUUGGAAUCUCAGGAGGUGCAACUUAUCGCGGUCCAAACGUUUUACAGUUUGACACCUGGACGGUCAAAUGUGCACCCGCUGCAACGAGAUCGGAAGAGUGCUGAGACUACGUACCGCAGAAUCAAUCUGGAUCAGGUUUUUUUCCAUUUGCGAACGACUUUAUCGUGGACGAAGAUUACAUUUUUGUGAUGCGCGGGGGAACAUAAACAUAUGUAAUUAUAAUUAACGCUUGGAUCGACCUAAGGCGCGAGAUAGAAAGCCCGUCGGCAUCGUUCUCGGAUUGACCGACGCGAAACGACGAAGAAAACAAACGGGGAGGGAAAUAAAGAAGGGAAAAAAGAAAGGAAAAAGUCGCAAUCGUCGCUGGAGCAAGUGCAUCAGAAUGCCGAAGCCCCUCCCGAUCCCCUCUUAAUUCGGCAGUGGGAUCGCGAGCAGAGUAUGCCGCGGAUGAAUUCGUUGCCAUUCCAGCGGAACGUUGUGAGAGAAGCAUAAGUUGGACGACUAGGCCCAGUUUCGAGUGCAAUCGAAAUUGCAUCGCGUCGUUUAUCCGGCUAUCAAGAUAGAAGAUAAAUCAACCGCCACCUGGACAAUGUGGUGCGGGACGAUCACGGUUAUCGCCUUAAUUCUGUCGACAGCCUCGGCGAAGACGCUCGAUCUGUCAGGCAAAAACUUGAAGAAGGAGGACUUCUUCUUGAAUCUCCAGUCGCAAGUGUCCCUGUCGGAGAUCACCGAUUUAAUUCUUCGGAACAACCAGUUCGACAGCUUCCUCGAUUGUUCCACUAAUCUUCCGAGCCUCAAAACAUUGGAUCUGUCGCACAAUCACCUCCAACGAUUCUUCUUUCUCUGCAGAGAAGAAUAUAAUUUGCAGGUGUUAAACGUGAGCCACAACCAACUAAUGUACAUCGACGAAUACGCCCUGAACGACCGAAUCCCGAAGCUCCAGAUACUCGAUCUCUCAUCGAACAAACUAUCGAUUGUCAACGAAACGAUGCUGGAGCACUUCAAAGUUUUGGAAUACCUUUCGUUGGCCAGCAAUCCGGUAUACGACGGGAUACACGACAAAGCGUUUUGUAACUUGAAAGCGCUGCGAUACUUGGACCUGCGCAAUGUGUCAGCGCCACAGUUCACGUCCGAGUUAUUCAAAACGUUAACUAACUUAUCCACCCUGGAUUUAUCAUCGAACCCCAUUUCGUCGGUUCCGUCGUUACCGGAGAGCCUGGUAGAGCUCGACUUAUCCAACACGCAACUUUCGGAAAUACACAAAAUCGAUGCGCCUGGGUUGAAAGAAUUGAAGUUGAAUUACAUGCAAAAUCUGAAGGAAUUGUUACUCAACGAAUUCGAAAAUCUGCACAACUUGGAAACGUUGCACGUGGCUGGCUCGAAGAAAUUAGUGCAUAUUAAAAUGUCUCCGACCGAUAAAGUUAUUCUACCGCGAUUGCAGCGCCUCUCGGUACAUGACUGCGCCCUUAAAACUCUGGAUUAUAACUUACUGCCGGUAUUAAAGAGAACGCCGAUUUUGAACUUCGAGAGCAACCCUUGGAACUGCGACUGCAAAAUGCAAUGGAUAGUCUCGUUGAACGCGACCAAGACAUUUAGUCGGGAUAUCAAAUGCCGUACUCCCCCACGGUAUUUCAAAGUAUACUUGAGCCAGAUACCAAAGUACGAGUUGGAGUGCGAGACCAAGUCGUCGCUGUUCUAUCCUAUAUUGUGGGCCUGCGUUUUGAUUCUCGUCGUGGCGAUCGUUUUGGUGGCAGGGUUCUUCCUUCUGAAGCGACCGAUCGGUCACUGGGACAUCAGGCGAAAGAACAGGGACACAGUCACCUACAAAAACGUCGACGAGUCCUCGAACGACAUGGUGAGAAUUCUGGCGGUGGGCGAGACGGGCGAUCGCAACGAAGAAUGAGCCAAUGGACCGAACGAACUAUACAGUAGAAACGUAUUAACUUAGGGUAAAGCGUUAGAGACUUGAGAAACGAAUGCACAAAGUGUCGCGGUUGUACAGCUUACAUAUCUCCACUGUUUUUGAAAAUUUGCGAGGGUCACUCUUAACGGACUUCAAGAUCAUCGACAUUUUUGUUAUACGUAUAUUUUUACUGGCGCGACGUUGCAUUACAUAGAUAAACUUAACGAGUUUUAAUAGCAUGACCUUUAAAUAACCCCGAAAUAAAAUUGAAAAUACAAAAUGGAAUGUAUUGAAAAUAUUCGCUCGUGCAAUCGAGAACAGUGGAAAUAUCAAAGGUGCUGAAGCCAACCACUUGAUGUGGCUAUACUCAAAUCGGUAAUUUUGUCCAAAAUGGUGUACAGGGUGUUUUAGAAUUGCCGAGAAACGCAUCUUGAACGGUGGAAUUGUAUUAUUAUUCGUGACAGAUAAUUCAAAGAAACGUUGCCCAUAUCUGAGUAAAUGGUUCUUUACAGAAGGAUCGAGAAGUGUUGAAUUUAUGAGUACUUAAUGAAAUAAGCGUUGACACCGCGAAAAUAAUAACUUCCUCCAAGAAUUAAUCUAAUCCGCGCGAAGAUAUCGGUACGAAGGCGUCGAAGUAUAAACUACGAAGCCGUUGACGCUUUGAACUCUUCAGAUAUCGCGGUAUCGCUUGGAAAAAGUCCAUAAUAUAAGAAGCACGAUGAGUUCACGAACCUACGCCGAUUAACGCCUCUUUCUUUCCAACAUUUUAUCACCGUUCGUAUUCGUGUCGCUGAUUCCGAGGCAUCCUGUCCUGCCAACUUUUCUGUAUCUCGCACAUAUACGAUAACCGUGGUGAUUUUUUCAUAGAAAAACAAAUUGAAUGUACAGAAUAGAUUUUGUACAACCUCCUGCUAUCGAGAACAUUACUUUAAAGUGCUCGAUUAAUUGUAAGCGAUUCCGAUAGUGAGGCUAGUUUUAGAAAAAUUAAGCUACGUCUUAAGUUUAGAUACAUAAUUCUAGUUACAUCGUUUGCGCGGCUUAUUUCCUUACAUCUCUCGCGACGAAUGAAUUAUUAUUUUGCAACGAGUACUAUCGUAUAGAGACCGUCGAUAGGUUUUGUUGAAUCGCCACGCGUCGAAACGCAGAGUAAUAGAUUGUAAAUACAGAGGCAACGUUCAGCCACAUCUAGAGCAUCCCUUUAAACGCUAUGAGCUUCGAGUGUUCAUCGUCUGGAGUGCCCUUAACAAUGUGGGGCCUC